GGCGGGCACUGCCGUUCGCGACCGACUGACGCACUAUGGAUUUUCCUCUCCUCGCCGAUGAUCUCGGUUCGCGGUAUCUUGCGGACGGAUGCACCUAAUCUUGGCCGUUAGUAAUCUUUCCUCCACCCUCACUGGCGGCUUCAAGGGCCGGUCGAGGGAAGAUCUCGAUCGCCGCAGCUGGACAGGAGCUGAGCUCUGGAACUGACGUGCUACGCGCUUCAAUUCUUUUUACCAGGAUCUGCGUGUGGGCUGGAUAGUUAAUAUUCAUUUUAGCAUGGAGGGGAAAGACGUGAUGAUUCGACCGAUGCGCGAGGAAGACAAGGAAGGUGUGACGGAGUUGCGCAGAAGUUACGGUCAGCAGCUGGGCAUCGGGGCACUGGACGCGCUGGCGAAGUACGACCCGGACAGCAUCUACGUCGCUGUUACCGAAGAUGGCCAAGUGCAAGGCAGCUGCGCGGUCGCGGACCUGCACCCAGACCUGGCAUACGUGAUGAUGCACGUGGUUCGCGCCGAGCGCCAGAAGUCGGGGCUCGCCACGCGACUCUGGCAGGAGGCCGUCGAGCGGCGUCUGGGAGCCGCCAGGAACGCGUUCCUCAUCUGCGGAGGGUUUCACGUCAGCAUGUACUACCGUCGCUACGGCUUCGAAGUCGUGUCGGCUCAGCGCAUCCACUACAUCCGGCCGGGACCGGCCGACAUCUCCUCGCUGACCCAGAGCGUGACGGGCGUGCAAGUGUCGGCUGUGCAGGUGCAAGACGAUGCCAAUACGGUGUCCUCCAUCGCCGACUACGACGCCACCGUGUUUGGCUUCAGGAGGGAACGCUUCAUUUCCCUUGUCCUGGCCGAAAAAGGGAAUGCCGUGGUGGUGGCCCGACGAGGCGACCAGAACCGGUCUGUAGUGGGCUACGGAGUGGUCAGCACGGACAUUAGCGGCCGUGCCCUCCUGAGAAUCGUGUACGCAGACGAAGAGGCCAUCGCCGAGUGCAUCGUGCACCGCCUGCUCGAGGCGUUCGGCCCCUUCCACAAGAAGGGUCUCACGGGACUGCUGCUGGCAGGCGCCGGGGAAGGGCGCGGCAUCGACCACAAGAUGGCACUGGAGACGGUGCCCUACGUGAACAUCCUUUACCGCCUGCACGAGCCGGCCACGUGCGACUACGGGAAGCAGUUCGUGGUGCCAGUGUAGGACAGUGCAGUCUUGUGGAUGAUCGAUCGAUCGAACGACUAAUUGAAUGAUCAGAUUUUAUUUUAUUCUAUUUGUUUGAUUUACUUGUUUGAUUCUAUUUGUUUGAUCUGACUGGAAGUCUUAAACUUUUUAUAAAUUUUUGCAGUCGA